AUGUGCAAAGGACUCGCUGAAGCAAUCACACAAAAUGACGAGAAGCUGCGCGAAAAGCUGAUUGGUGCUGCAGAAAAGCUUAUCCACCUGCCGCUUCACAUUCAAGCAUUAUGCAUUUUGCUUGGCACUUUGCAGCUGCUGAUUAAAUGUCAACAAGCCGACUAUGAAAGCGCUCUAGAGAUAAUCAGGAGAACUGGUCUAAUUCCAACUGUUCCGGAGCAAGUUCACGUUUUUACUUCACAAGAACAUUUAGCUCCUCGACAGGUAACGACAGUGCUUCCCGAUGUGUGUUUGGCGGUAAUGAAUUGUCUCGCGGUCUCCACAUUUCCUGUUCAACAACGUAUGCAAAGAUUGGGUCAAGCAAUCGUGAUGUUUGCAGCUGCCCUGCCCACAAGUUCCCACAGAACAUCAUCUCAAAGAUUCUCG